AUGAAUUUCUCCGGGAAAAGACCAUUCAACAAGGUGGUGAUAAUUGGAGCUGGGUUUUCUGGUUUGACUAUGGCAUGUCAGCUUCAGAUCAAGCUCAAUUGUGAUGACUAUGUCAUCUAUGAUAGAGAAUCAGCCCCUGGUGGUGCUUGGUGGGCAAACAAAUAUCCUGGAUGUGCUGUCGACAUUCCUGCGGCAUUCUACAGCCUUUCAUUUGCUCCUAACCCGGAGUUCUCGAAGGCUUUUCCUCCACAAUCGGAAAUUCUGGCAUAUUUCAACGGUGUUGCGGAGCGUUACGGUGUUUCUCGGCACGUCGUUCCAAAUACGGAAUGGGAAGGAGCCUAUUGGCAGGAGCUCACCAGCACAUGGCUGGUGAAAAUAAAAGAUAUCCCCACUGGUGAGAUCUUCUAUCAAGAAUGUCAAAUCCUCAUAUCUGCUGUUGGGGGCUUGGUCAAUCCGAAUACGUUCAAUGUCCCAGGCCUCGAAAAAUUUGAAGGCGAUAUUAUUCACACUGCGAGAUGGAAGUCGGAUACUUCUUUACGUCAGAAGAAUGUUGUUGUCGUGGGCAAUGGAUGCUCAGCAGCACAGUUGGUACCAGCCAUUGCUGAUGAAGCCAAAAGUAUAUCUCAAUUCAUUCGUACUCCUCAGCACUACCUCGAAAACGACAACAUGCAUGUCAGUGAGACUUGGAGGCGCAUUUUCCGCCAUGUACCUGGUGCCCUAUGGAUUCUUCGAAUGAUUGUCUUUUUCUACCUAGAAAGCACAUCUGUCCGCUUUGGCAUGGAUAAGAAAGGUGUCAAGGCUAGAAAUCAGUCUUUCAAGAGUAGCGAGGCUUAUAUAAAACAAACAGCACCAGAGAAAUAUUGGCCGCUUUUGAUUCCAACAUAUGAGCUUGGGUGCAAGCGACGCGUUUUCGACAAUUCUAAGUAUAUCAGUCAACUCCAAAGAAGCAACAUCCAUCUGACAGAUGAUCCGAUUGUUGCGCUUCAAUCUAAGUCGGUCUUGACAAAGUCCGGCCAGGAGUAUCCCGCAGAUGUCGUUCUCCUCGCCACUGGAUUCGCUUUAACGCAGUAUGAUGUCGAAAUCGAAGGUCGAAAUGGCCGUACCCGAAAUGAUCACUGGAAUGAAUAUGGCUUCAAAGAAGCAUACAAAUCAAUUGCCAUGUCCGGGUUUCCCAAUUUCUUCUAUGUUUUGGGCCCGAAUUCUGGCAAAGGUCAUACUUCUACCAUUUAUUCUAUCGAGAAUUAUGUCGAUUUGAUCACUCAGGUGAUCAUGCCUGUCAUCAAGAAUUACUCGACAUUUGUGGAGGUCAAGGCGGACCGAGAGAGACUUUAUAACGAACAACUGCACGGAUCCCUCGCCAAGACAAUUUUUAAUAAUUCAUGUGGCAGUUAUUUCAUUGACCAGAAAACCAAAAAGAACUGGUUCAUUUAUCCGUGGAGCUCCUUUGACAUGUGGUAUUCGACACACUGGGGCAGGAAAGAUGACUGGGUAUAUGAUGUAAGACUCUUAAUAUGA